UAAUUUGACGCGAGAGUAUUCAGGGUCGCGAAUCAAUAUACAAUAAGAGCCUAAUGCUAGUACAAAAAGACUAUAGUCAAUCUUUCAAAAAGCCGGUAAAGAUGUUACUGUUUGGUUUGUAAACCUAAACAUGAGAGCCCUCUCCUUUGAGAAUCUCAGGAGGCUCGUCGGUCGGAGGAAGGACCGCGACGAGCCUUCUUUCGAGCGCAGCGAGUCCUUCAAGCGAAUUUCAAUCAGGAAAAGUUAUCUGGAUCGGGGAAAAAGGAGACACAGGCUCCAAAAGGUUGAUCAAGAUCCUGCAGAUCCCAGGGCAAGGUCCAAGGUAUUAGUCCAGUCCAGUAGUCCUAAAAUUCAUGUUCAUUGCAGAGAGGAGAUCGAGGAUAAGGACAACACUGACUAUGAGAAGAGGAUUGAUUCCCCUGAUGGGACAAUCGUUUACGAUGAGUGGAUCCACCAGGAUUCCUAUUCAUCGAGAGAGAAAAAGAUGGACUCUUCGUCUAGUCAGAUUGACUCGAUUCAUUCUUCCAGGGAGUUUGACUCGAGAAACGAAUUAUCUAAGAAAAAGCGACAUCAACCAAAGAGCAACCUCGAAAGAAGAGCUCCUCCACCUCCUCCCCCAAGAAAUAUUGAACUCUCUCUUCUGAUUGACCUUCCCCAUUCGCCCGUCUCCCAGAGACAAGUCUACCAGGAGGAAGAGGUGAUUCUUGCAGAAAAUGGUGAGCAACUCCGAGAAGAGAAUUAUUCUCAAGACAAUUCCAGUCUUGUCAGCGGUGUGACUUUGGGUCGAGUUUGGCGAGAUGCUGCUGUUCCGAGUCACUCAUUCUCCUCUGGUCGAGGAACCGAGGGUUCGUCAAAAGAUGAGGAACCUAGACCCGUGAUUAGGACUGCAUCUGCCCCGGAAAAGAAUCCAAAGAGUGACUCGUCCAGAGAUGGAAGCAGAACUGGGUUCAGUUUUUCUCUAUCCAUCUCGAGAUUGACUACUGACUUGAGAGCUGCGGCAGUAACGACCAAGAAUGGACUUUUUCGAAGAAAAAAAGGCUCGAAGCCAGCACCUAGUAUCAGCACUGAAGGAUACUUUGAAAGGACAGCAAUAGCUUCGAUGAGAAGAUCUGGUAGAUCUGGUAAGACUGGAUCUAGGAGAAGGAUCUAUUGUUCCAGAAGGAAGAAAAUAGUGACCAGUUCAAAGCCUAGAGUUCCCGGCAGUCCUGUGUGGUUUGUGCCUCCAGAGAGGCGUCGCUCGGGAAGGCAGAAAGGCAGGGUUUGGCGAGAGGUCAGAUAUUUUCCAGAGGAUCACGUACAGGGGGAUAUGAAGAGACGUGACCUCGAGGAGAGAUCGAACGACUGGUCUUCGAACCACUCAGACGAGUUCGACGACCGGAAGCUGCUCUUGUCUGGAGAUUUUGACGAGAGGGUGAGAAACGAAGAUGGUUCCAACUCAAACUCGAGAAAUGAAAAUCAAAAUUUUAAAAUGAACAAUAAAAAUGUGGAUUCUUCCACGAUUGAUUCCUCGACUUCGAGUGCAAGUUCGCGAUUUAAUAAAGCGCAACCAGCCCCGAAGAUAAGUGAUUUUAAUGAAGACAAGAUAUUCUGCGAGGUGUUUCGCGGGGACAAGACAGCGAAAGCUGGGAGUCGUGGGAACUAUUUUGCAAGCAGUCAGUUUUUGGGGUUUCUCUCAAAAAAGGAUGCGCAAACGGGGGAGAUUAGUUUGAGGAAUGGUGUAGGAUCGAGGUACCAGUGUUUGUCUUCUUCGAGUGAGAGCGAAACCGAGGAAGUGGUGCUUUUUGUGGAUAGUAAGAAGGAAAACAACUCUAGGGUGGGGGUGGGUGUGGGUGUGGAUGAUGAAAGUAGCGAAAGUGUUAGGAGCUGUUCUGUGGUUUUAUUGUUGGAGGGACAGAGGUCGGGUGAAAUUAGUGGACCUAGGAGGCGACCUUUGAGAAGAAAGUCGCAAUUGAAAAGGGCCAACUGUAGAGGGCAACCGGUUUACUUGGCGAGAAAACGAUCCUCACUCCGCAGACGACCUUGCAGGGACAUAACGCAAAAAGGUUAUGAGAAGAAACGAACGCGUCUACUACAGCAAUAUGCGUCGAAGCAGUUGGGGAGUGGAAACGUUGGAAGUGGUGGAGGUAGCGUUGUGGAUAGAACGGGUUUCGGGAGCGGCGGAGGUGGUGGAGGUGGUGGAGGUGGCGGACGUCCGCAGCCACGUGCACGGCGUACGCAGCGUCGUGUCACCCACUCCGAGAAACGCUAUCACUCAGGAGGCCGACUGAUUCCUGGAGGGAUCGCCAAUCCCCUGGGAUCUGGCGGCUCCACAGGGCACCCCGGGAAUACGAAUUCUGCAGCCAUCAGACGCGGGAACCGCAGACUCACGCGGAAUGAAAGCCGAUAUCACUCUGAGGUACGUCAAGAGGCGGUGCAGCAGGCCUUGGCUGCGAUGCAGAGUCGACCGAAGCCCUCGUUACCGAUGCCAUCGAAAAGAACCUCUGUGAUGGCGAGGAGUCCAGACAGAGAUCGUCGAGACGGUCUCGGAAUUGGUGAUUCGAGCAGCGAUGAGGAUAGCGUCGUGACCGAGGAGAGUCCUGGUGCGGGUGGUCCAACCGGAACUGGACUUUCCGACACCAGCAGCACCGGCUCGGCUCGAGACACUCCGCCUCCACCCAGACCCCCAGCUAGAAGGCCUCCUGCUGAUAUAACCGAUAUCGCAGAGUACUCUCCUCAUGCCUAUUGUAACCUGGUCCAGCCUCCGGACGUGACGCACACCAGCACUCAAAAUCGGAGACCAGCUGGUGCUGAUCGAGUCAAUCGGUAUCACGUAGUCGAGGACAAUAAUACUGGCACCACAGGUCGGUGGAAGGUCUCUGCGAAAAUUCAGCAGCUUCUCAACACGCUCAAGCGACCAAAAAGACGACCGCUGCCCGAGUUUUAUGAGGACGAUGAUAUCGAAUUGGAGAUUGCGGCCAACCCGAAAGAUCCGAAUGCACCCAAGCCAGAAGGUGGUUCGAUGACCUCCGCGAUUGGCGAACAGACGAACGUCGCAUCUGGACUCCCAAGGUCGCUAGAGGCCGCGAUUCAGAGGUACGGCUCAGCUACUUACAAGGCGCCAGCUGCCACGGUUCUGGAUCCGAAUGGAAAACUCUGCAUAACGUUGACAUAUGGGAAACUGCUGAGUCGCUCGCACAAGAUAGCCUAUACUUUAUUAAACAAAACAUUGAGUCGUGCGGGUGACUGUUGUUUAAAGCCGGGCGAUAGAAUUGCUCUAGUUUAUCCGAACAAUGACCCAAUCAGCUUUAUGUGCGCUUUUUAUGGGUGUCUCCAAGCUGGCAUUGUGCCCGUCCCGAUAGAGGUUCCUCUGACUCGCAGGGAUGCCGGCUCCCAGCAAAUCGGCUUCUUACUUGGCAGCUGCGGCAUUCAGGUCGCUCUGACAAGUGAAGCCUGCCUAAAAGGUCUUCCAAAAACGACAGCCGGCGAGGUGGUGGCUUUCAAAGGAUGGCCAAAGCUUCACUGGUUCAUCACCGAGCACCUGGCGAAAACCCCCAAGGACUGGCUGCCCCCGCCACGUCUCACCGACGAAACUCCGGCCUAUAUCGAGUACACCACCGACAAGGACGGCUCCGUGAUGGGCGUCACCGUGACUCGAGCGGCAAUGCUCGCGCACUGUCGCGCCCUGACACAGGCCUGCGGCUACACCGAGGGCGAGAACGCCGUCUGCGUGCUUGACUUUAAGCGCGAGGUCGGCCUCUGGCACGCCACCCUCACCAGCAUUCUCAACGGGAUGCACGUCAUCUUCAUACCCUACGCUCUGAUGAAGGUCAAUCCGGCGAGCUGGAUGCAGAUGAUCACGAAGCAUCGAGCGAGUGUGGCCGUGGUCAAGUCGAGGGAUCUGCACUGGGGUCUCUUGGCCACCAAAGACCACAAGGACAUCACCCUCUCGUCGCUGAGGCUCCUGCUCGUCGCUGACGGUGCCAAUCCGUGGUCGCUCUCAUCCUGCGACCAGUUCCUUUCAGUAUUCCAGUCGAAGGGCCUCCGCCCGGACGCGGUCUGUCCCUGCGCCUCGUCCAGCGAAGCCCUCACGGUUUCUGUGAGGCGACCUGGUCGUGCGGGUGUCAACGCCACGGGACGAGGCGUCUUGUCCAUGUCUGGGCUUAGCUAUGGAGUCGUCAGGGUCGAUCAGGAGAACUCGCUCACGUCCCUCACUCUUCAGGAUUGUGGACAAGUCAUGCCGGGCAGUAUCGUCGUUGUGGUGAAAAUGGAGGGUCAGCCCUACAUCUGCAAGACGGACGAGGUCGGGGAGAUUUGUGUGCACAGUCCAACGACCGGAACGCAGUAUUGGGGCCUGCAGGGUCUGACGAACAACACCUUCAAGGUCUCGCCACAGCAGCCGGACGGAAUUACAAUCGGCAACGAGGAGUACACGCGCUCCGGUCUCCUCGGCUUCCUCGGACCUGGAGGUCUCGUUUUCAUUUGCGGCUCUCGAGACGGUCUCAUGACGGUCACCGGCAGAAAACACAAUGCGGACGACAUAAUUGCGACUGUAUUGGCAGUUGAGCCGACCAAGUUCAUCUAUCGAGGCAGAAUCGCGGUUUUCAGUGUUCGAGUCUUGCGAGAUGAGAGAAUAUGCGUCGUGGCGGAACAGCGGCCAGAUUGCAGCGAAGAAGAGAGCUUCCAGUGGAUGUCUCGAGUUUUGCAGGCGGUGGAUUCAAUUCACGCGGUUGGAAUUUAUUGUCUCGCACUAGUGCCACCCAACUACUUGCCAAAGACGCCUCUGGGCGGCAUUCACCUCUCCGAGACGAAGAGGCGCUUCCUGGAGGGCACUCUCCAUCCGGCGAACGUUCUCCUCUGUCCGCACACUUGCGUCACCAAUCUGCCAAAACCCCGAGAAGUCCACUCCGCGGGGGAUUCUGUUGCAGACGUGGGUCCGGCCAGCGUCAUGGUGGGCAACAUCGUCCAGGGAAACCGGCUCGCUUCGGCCCAGGGAAGAGACAUGGGCAUCCUCGACGAGGACAGCGACAGUGCCAAAAAGUAUCAAUUCAUUUCCGAGAUUCUGCGAUGGAGAGCUGUAGGCACCUCGGACCAUGUGAUAUUCACAUCGUUGAAUUCGAAGGGAGCAGUAGCGGCCUCGCUCUCUUGCUCGCAGUUGCACAAGAAGGCAGAGCGCAUCGGGAACCUCUUGUUGGACCGUGGUCGAAUAAAUACCGGGGACCAUGUCGCUCUUAUUUUUCCACCAGGCACGGAUUUAAUUUGCGCCUUUUAUGGCUGUCUCUAUGUGGGCGCGGUUCCAGUCACAAUCAGGCCUCCUCAUCCACAAAAUCUCCAGACGACGCUGCCAACAGUGAGAAUGAUUGUGGACGUGAGCAAAUCCGUCUUGAUACUCACCAAUCAGAACCUCUUGAAGUUGUUGAAGACCAAGAUGGCCAUUUGUUUACAGGGUGCUUCUAGUCCGGAACCGUCGACAGUAUAUGUAGAUCUUCGAGCUCUGAGGAACGACCGGGUUUCCUUGGUCGAGCGAGGAAGUCCUCACUCACUCUGUCUGAUGGAGUCCGGGAAACUGUUGCCGGGCGUCAAAGUCAUCAUAGCCAAUCCGGAGACGAAAGGCCAGUGCGGCGACUCUCAUCUCGGGGAAAUCUGGGUCCAGUCUUCGCACAACGCGAGUGGCUACUUCACGAUUUACGGUGACGAGAGCGAUUACGCGGAUCACUUUAACGCGCGCCUCGUCACCGGCAACACCAAUGAGGUUUAUGCCCGAACUGGAUAUCUCGGAUUCCUGAGGCGCACUGAAAGCGUUCAGCAAUCGGUCGCUGGCGAUCCCAUCAACGACAGUUCGGCCUCCGAAGCCGAGGUUGUACCUGGAGACACGGAACUUCACGACGCCGUCUUUGUCGUCGGAGCUCUCGAUGAGGCCAUUUUACUCAGGGGCAUGCGAUAUCAUCCGAUUGAUAUUGAGAAUAGUGUGAUGCGGUGCCACAAGAAGAUUGCCGAAUGUGCCGUUUUCACGUGGACCAAUCUACUCGUCGUGGUUGUAGAAUUGGAUGGGAGUGAAAGUGAGGCAUUGGACCUCGUCGCUCUCGUGACAAGCGCCGUUCUCGAGGAGCAUCAUCUCGUGGUCGGUGUCGUUGUCGUCGUCGAUCCCGGCGUCGUUCCCAUCAAUUCUCGCGGCGAAAAGCAGCGAAUGCACCUUCGCGACGGCUUCCUCGCGGAUCAACUCGAUCCAAUUUACGUCGCCUACAACAUGUGAAUGCCCCUUCGAUUCGCACAAUUUUUUAUACAAGUCACUCUCGUCUCUCAUCGCUUCGUGACAAUACAAUUACUAUAUAAAUACACUAUCCUGCUCCCUGCCUUCGCCUAAGAACGUAUCCUCAGGAAAUCAGGGUUGUCCCAGCGAUCAUUUUAUCUGCGAGGCAAGUUAACGCAACAAGCGUUUCUUAUUUAUUCGCCCAUUUACGUAAUUUACGUAAUAUAUUAUAUUACACAAAUAUCAGAAAAACGUUUUAUCAGUAAAAUCGGUGCAAGUCUCAUAAAAAGUUUGCGGGAGUUUAAGUGGUAAGGACCAUCUCCUCAUAUGUUGCACACGAUAUUUUAUUUCUCAUAUACAUGUGAAAAUUACAAUUGUUUGUCUCUAGAGCGAGAAAAAAGUUGACGUUUGCAACACGCGGAGCUCAAAUCAAUCUUGGCGCAUGUGCAUUAAUCUGAAUAAACGACACUGCGCAAGGUCCAGUGCGUUGUCUUGCGCAAGGCCAUGUGCGUUUUUCUACUCAAGGUCACGUGAGUUGUCUUGCGCAAGGUCAUGUGCGUUGUCACUUGUAAGCAGAAACUUUCUUUUCGCUCUGCAGACCCAGUAAAGUUUCUUGUUUUGUUUAUGUCAAUUUUCUCGUGAGAUCUUGGGCGUUUAUUUUAAUUGUUUAGCCAGAGUGAAAUUAGAAGUUUAUUGAUUCACGUCCAGUAGGUAUAAUUUCCAAGAUCGCUUGUUCUAUUUUAGUCCUCUAAAAGGCAUUAGAGGUGUCUUUCUCUUUGGCGAUAUUCGAAAUACGUUUAGUCCCUUAGCGAUUUGGAUGUUGAUAUUCCUUUGUGUAUCGAGUCAUUUUAAGUAUUUGUGAUAAAUAAUGGCUCGAAUUUGAGGUCGUCUUUGCCAAAUCGUACGCUCUUUUAAAGUUAUAUUUACUUUGUUAAUUUAAAGUACGUAAAUCGCGUCGCGCGCACAGCUUUUAAAUGACUAAAAGCAAUCUUGGAUUGCGCACGGUCAAAGCUAUUGUAAAAGUUAAAGAAUCGCUCAAUUAUUAUCGCUGCAAUAAAUGUUUUGUUCGUUGCAUUUUCGAACCUCUACUUCGUUUCUAGCACGAUGUACAUUUGUUAAUAUUUUUAUAAUUUUAUAUUAUAUCUCAUUUAUUUUAAGCGUAAUGACAGACGCGGCACGAUUUGCAGAUGGUGAUUGUGCUCACAGAUUUGUACGACGAUUUUCUAAUGAUCACCCAAUUUUGCAGGACUCUUGUGAUCGAGGCGAGAAAUGCGGCCAUUAUCAUCGUGACGAUUUUGAGCGACUGCAAACAAUUUAUUUAGUGCAAUGUCAAGCAAGACCUCAGAAUCGCCAUCAGUAGACAUUUGUAAAUAAAAAAAUAAUUUAAGAUUUGCUCUUUCGACUGACGGAAUUUCUUUGCGUAGUCAACACAAUUGUCUCCUCUCGUCGUUUUUAAGGAACCGUGCCAUCCCUUUUAGCGAGAUUUUUUUCCCCUCUCUAGGCACUUUGAAAAGUUGGGUUGUCCGGCGCAAGGUCUCGUGCGUUGGUUUACGCAAGGUCUCGUGCGCCUAGUUUAUUAAUUAUGUGCUAGUAAAUCCUUCCUGCGACCCCGGGGUUAAUAUGAAGUUCAAGUGCCGGUUGCGAGGAUUUCAGGAAAAUAGAUUAUUUUACUGAGGACUGUUGGAUUCUCUUUGAGAAGAAAUAACGUCAGAGUGUUUGUGUGGCUGACAAUGAGUUUGGGUUUCAUCAAACUUGAAAAAAAUUUGAAAACGUGGAAAUUGAAGAGAAUAUCUAAUCUAAAAAAUCAUUUUUAAAUAAGACAACCUUGAAAUUGAAAUCUAUAUUUCAAUUUGAUUAUAUAAAGUCUCAAAUAUUUCAAGUUUCUUUGAAGUUUAAGUAUGUACUGUAGGCCAACACAACCUCAAACUUGGGGAGCAAUUAACAAAAUAAAUUAAAGAUAGGCUGCUGCCAACUGACUUGAAAUAUAUUUAGUAUAUUUUUAUAAUAUACUGAGAUCUUUUUUGCAACUCAGGAAAAUUUACAGCAGUUCUCCUUUUUUUUAAUAUUCUUUUAAAUGUUCAGCAAGUUUGAGGUUAUGUUCAAGCCAGGAUACAUUCUUCAAUUUCAAACUUUAUUUUUGGUGGAGUCUACGAUUGCUAAACUAAAAACACGUUGAGGGUUGACAGAUAUGGAAGAAUGAGUGGAAUAAAUAUAAUAAAACAUGACAGCUCUAGUAAUUGCUAGGUAACAGUAUUGUUUAAAAAACCGGCUGCUAAAUAAAGAAAGAGUCUUUCUUAUAAUUUCAAACGUGAUCCGAGACUCUGCCUCAGUAUUUUUGCAGCUGAUAGUAAGUGUUCGAGGGAAUGUAGAUGAGCUAUAAUAAUUGCUUUCCGAAUUCCGAAAUUUGCUUGAUCAAUUUUAAAAUAUUCGCUUUGUGGACUCUCAACCCCUCACAUAACCUCAAACUACAGAACGGUUAAUAAAAGCCAGAAAAAAAAAACUUAAAAAUCAUAAUAAACAGUAGCUCAAAUGUUGGUUUUUUAAGACAUAAUUUACAAUUUCUUGCUUCUAUCAAACUUUCUUGGUUUGAGGUUAUGUAUGCAGAGUUCUCGAGGUGGUUAAGAAGGAAUGCCCUAUUGGAACUUUGUUGGGUUGUCCUGCGCAAGGUCAUGUACAUUUUCCAGCUCAAGGUCACGCAUGAUCUUGCGCAAGGUCCCGUGCAAGGUCCUGCACAGGUAAUUCCUCAAUAAAAUCUCUCACAUUACAGAUUGGAUUUUUUUUAGCGAGAAAUUGAAGAAAUUGAAGAAAAUAAAAUGGGAAAGAAAUUGUUUGGAAUUUAUUAGUGAGGGUAUUUGGUUGUAUAAUGUAUAAAUGUUGAUAUUUAGUAGUAGGAAUGUGGAAUACUUGUCAUAUUGAUUGUAAAAUCGUCGAAUCCCGAGGUCGAAAAAAUUAAUUGAUUGCACUUGUUAAGAUUUUUUUUUGUUCGCCGUGUAUAUAUGCAUUAAAAUAAAAAUAAAAAUAAAAAUGACCUCCAUUGUUAAGAGGUGAGGUUUGAAGUAGAUUUUAGUUUGUAUUGUACUGUCACAGCCAAUAUCGCAUGGUGUUUAUUAUCAUGAUCGCCAGACUAAUAAUAUUAAUUUAACGAACACGUAUCGUUCAGUUUUGUGCAUCAUCGAGCCAGCCGUAAUCCAAGAAAGUAAUUCAAUCGAGCUAACGAAAAUAGCUGUGAGAGCAGUUUUCCGUUUCGCUUUUCUCUAAUAUUUUAAAACCAUCUUUUUCAUAUGUACGUACGCAUACACACAUUAAUACAAGAAUACAUGCAUAUAAAUAGACACACGUUUGUAAUCAACUUGAAAAGUCGCACAGACCGAUAAUAAACGUAAUGUACAUUUUUUA